ACAAAACGUGAUAUGAUAGUUUCAGCUUCCCUCUGCUAAAUUACAGGAAGUUUCUGGAGAUCGAUCGAGCACUUGUAGUAGUUACUUUACAGAUCUCAUUACUGAAACCAGACACCCAUCCAUAUUCGUAAUCAUGUUUGUAGCAGCAGCAGUAGCAGCAGGAGAGUUGGUGCGCGGCGGCGUGCGCAGGAAGUUUGAAUGGUUGGUGUUGAAAUUGGUGGAAAUAUUUUGGUGUAUUUGGAGGUGUGGGGAUGAAGUGUUGGCGGUGGUGAAGAUGAAAGUGGCGAUGAUGAUGAUGGUGAAGCAGUUUCCGACGGAGCCGCCGCACUGGCGGUUCUGUUACUCUAUGUUCAAUAAUGUUCCCUUCAUUCCCUUCGCUCUGCACCACAUCGACGCCCAUCUUCGCGACGCUAUUUGCGUAUUCUAUCUCGUUCUUCGAGCACUCGAUACCAUUGAGGAUGAUUCGAGCAUAGAAACAGAGGUUAAAGCACCAAUUUUACGGGCUUUCCAUCGUCAUAUAUACAACAGAGAUUGGCAUUUUUCAUGUGGCACGAAGGACUACAAAGUUCUAAUGGACGAUUUCCAUCACGUUUCCACUGCUUUUCUCGAGCUUGAUCACAAGUAUCAAGAGACGAUAGAGGAUAUUACUAUGAGAAUGGGCGAGGGAAUGACAAAAUUUAUUAGUAAAGAGAUCGAAACUUUAGAUGAUUACGAUGAAUAUUGCCAUCAUGUGCUUGGACUUGUUGCAAUAGGGAUGUUGAAGAUAUUACAUGGAUGUGGUAAACAAGAUAUAGUUUCAGAUGAUCUUUGCGACGGAGUGGGCUUAUUUCUUCAGAAAAUAGAUAUUAUCAAAGAUUAUCUCGAAGAUAUAAAUGAGAUGCCAAAGCCUCGGAUAUUCUGGCCCCGUCAAAUUUGGGGUAAAUAUGUCAACAAACUUGAGGACUUCAAAGAUGAAGAUAAUUCAUCUGAGGCACUACUUUGUCUCAAUGAGAUGAUCACAAAUGCUCUAUUACACGUGAAGAGUUACCUAAUAUACAUAUCUUCUUUGCGUGAUCCAAUUAUGUUUCGCUUUUUUGCCUUCGCAAAGGUGGCUGGAAUUGCAACAUUAGCUUUGUGCUACAAUAACAUUCAAGUAUUCCGAGGAGGCGUGGAACUGAGAUACGGUCUUGUCGCUAAAAUUUUCUACAGAACUAAAACAAUGUCUGAUGUGUAUGAUGGUUUGCAUGACUUCUCUCUUAUACUAAAAUCCAAGAUCAAUGAUAAUGAUCCUAAUGCGAGAGAGACGAAAGAUCGAAUAAACAAUAUUUUGAAAAUCUGUGGCGAUUCUGGAACUUUAAACCGAAGGAAUUCUUACAUCAUUUAGAUCAACCGGUGUUGUGUCCAUGGAAAUUAUGCACAGGUUCAUCUUCUUCAUCAUAUACUUGACCUUUGGAUAGAGACUGGAAUACAUACUAUGUCAUUUUAGAAUAAAUGGUGUAUUAUGUUGUUCCUCGAAAUAAUCCAGCAUGAAAAGUAUCGUUUAAAAGUAUGAAAAUAUUAUAUAAAAUUAUCUAUGGCGCCAUUUUAGUACUGAAAGUAAAUGGCAUUGUCUUUUUUAUUUUUUAUUUUCCUAUGAGUGUAAAAGUAUCAGUUUCAACAAACUUAGCAUGAACAUAUACAAAUUCUCACUAAAUUAGUGUGUU